CACACGUACGCACGCGGUUGUGGCCGAACCUCUUCUCCCGUUCCAAAUCCCCCAUUCCCUCAUCACCAUCUCCACCGAGCCUCCUCCUCACCUUUCCCAUCCACAUCCGGAGUCGGCAACGGCAGCGCGCGCCUCCUGCGUCGAUUUCCCAACUCCCACCCACGCCUCGAGCCGCUGCCCACCUCCUCUCUCUGGAUCCUAGGCGACACAGGAGGGAAGGGUAGAGGAGCAGUUCAACUCCAACUCGGCAUGGCAGUGAGUGCGACGUCGGGGGUGUUGAAUCCGCUCCUCGGCAAACUCUCCAGGCUGCUCGGCGAAGAGUACAAGAAGCUCACAGGUGUGAGGAAGCAGGCAUCUUUCCUCAAGGAUGAGCUCAGCGCCAUGAAAGCUCUCCUUGACAAGAUGGAGCUCAUGGACAAGCUUGAUCCAUCGGCCAAGGACUGGAGGGACCACAUCAGGGAGAUGUCCUAUGAUAUGGAGAACUGCAUCGACGACUUCAUUCAUGACAUCGAAGGUGCCCGUGCAAAGAAAGGCUUCGUCAGAAAGAUGGCUCAGCGCCUCAGGAGGCUUGGGAGGCGCCAUCAGAUCGCCAACCGCAUCGAGGAGCUCAAGGUUCUUGCUGUGGAGGCCAAUGCUCGGUGCAAGAGGUACAAUAUUGAUGCUUGCAUCAAUUUGAGUCCUGGCCCUGUGGUUAUGGAUCCCCGGAUCCCAGCGCUCUACAAGGAGGCAGCAGGCCUUGUUGGUAUUGACGGCCCGAGAGAAGAGCUUGUCACUUUGCUGAUGGAUUCCCAGAAGAAACUCAAAGUGGUUUCCAUCGUCGGGUUUGGAGGUUUGGGUAAAACCACGCUUGCCAAACAAGUGUAUGAUGAAAUUGGAGGGCAGUUUGAUCGCAAGGCAUUUUCCUCGGUCUCCCAAAGGCCAGAUGUGAAAAGCCUUCUUAUUGGCCUACAAUUAAAGCUUGAGACGGGGAAUUCUUCUCAUGCUUACGAGCUGCAAGAUAUUAUUGACAGCCUUAGAGAAGGCCUCAAAGAUAAAAGGUACUUAAUUAUAGUUGAUGACCUGUGGGAUCAGUCAACAUGGAAUACUAUUAGGUGUGCCUUUCCAGACAAUACUAAUGGAAGUAGAGUAAUGGUAACCACGCGAUUGGAUGACGUAGCUGCCACAACAUGUUUGAGUGAUCGUGCCUGCAUUUACAGUAUGAAGCCACUCAAAGAACAAGACUCAAGAAAAUUAUUUUUCGAUAGAGUAUUUGGGUCUGAAAAUGUAUGCCCACCACAGUUCAAAGAAAUUUCGGUUGAAAUUUUCAGGAAGUGUGGCGGUUUGCCACUUGCAAUUAUCACCAUAGCUGGCCUAUUAGCUAGCCAUGAAGCAAGAUUGUUGAAUGAAUGGGAGAACAUAAAGAAUUCUCUUGGUGCUAGGUCUGCUACAAAACCCACCUUGGAAGAAAUGAGGGGUAUUCUGAAUCUUAGCUACGUGCAUCUUCCUGUUUAUCUUCGGCCAUGUUUUUUGUAUCUUGGCAUGUAUCCAGAAGACCGUGAGAUUGAGAGGGAUGAUCUCGUUCGGCAAUGGAUAGCCGAAGGCUUUGUUUGUAGUUUGCACAGAGCGGAUUUGGAUGAUGUUGGGAAAAGUUAUUUCAACGAGCUUGUCAAUAGAAGUAUGAUUCAGCCCGGAAGAACAUCUUACGGGGAGGUACUUUCUUGUAGGGUGCAUGAUAUGAUGCUUGAUUUGAUCCUAAGCAAGAGUACAGAAGAUAAUUUUAUCAGUGUAGCAUAUAACUAUGAGGACAUGGCAAGAUUGCCCAGUUGUAAGUACAAGGUUCGUCGAUUAUCCUUCCAAUCAGGUGUACGUAGUGCAAAGUCGGAGGCCCUUGCUACUGGCAUGUCACAAGUUCGAUCAUACGCACGGUUUGGAGAGUCCCAAUACACACCUCCCCUUUCACAGUUUAAGUAUCUAUGGGUGCUUGUCCUUGAGUUUCCUUAUAAUUGGGAAAUGACAAUCGACCUCACUGUAAUUGGCUGUUUGUUUUUACUGAGAUAUUUGCAUGUUUUAGCCUCAUCAGCAGUCGUAGCGCUCCCGGAAGAAAUCCAAGGUCUUGUGCAUUUGCAAACUCUGGUGCUAUAUUGCAAGUCGACACAAAGCUUUCCUUCAGACAUAAGUUGUUUGGCCAACUUGUUUCAUCUGGUGCUUCCAAGGGGUGGACUGCCUGAAGGGAUCAAGAAGAUGAGAUCACUCCGCACCCUGCGUUGUCGAUACAUGUUCGAGAGUUCACUGGAAGAUAUCAAAGGUCUUGGUGAGCUGACCAAUCUGAAGGAAUUGUACUUAAGCACGGCUGGAUGGGAGUGUUUGACGUUGGAACAAGAGAAUUCUUUGGUCUCCUCCAUUGGAAUGCUCCGAGACCUCAAGCGCCUCUCCCUCAAGUUGGAGCGUAGAUGCAGUGAUCCUGACAGCCAGCUAGACUCCUUACAUGACCCGCCUCCCCGUCUCGAGGUACUCUAUCUGAUAGACUGGGAGCUCAAAAGAGUUCCCAAAUGGAUCGGUGAACUAUAUUACCUCCGGAUCCUCGAUCUGCGUGUGUUGCACCUGUCGAGUGAUGAGGUUCGUAUUCUUGGUGAGCUCCCCUCCCUCGUCCAUGUCAGGAUCAAAGUGUCGGAUGUCUCCCAAGACAAGGUUGUGGUUGGCACGGGGUUGUUCCCAGUUCUGGAGCACUUGUGGUUUGAGUGGGUCAAAGAUGCCAAUGCGUAUCUGAGUUUCGAGGCAGGAGCUAUGCCCAAGGUACAAACACUCACACUGCAAUUCAGAUGGAGAGAGUGGAGAGGUGCUACACCAAUCGGCAUGGAGUGCCUGCCCUGCCUCCAGAAAAUCGAAGUGUGGACAUAUCGAGCUGGUUUUUUCGCUGAUGUACAAGCUGAAGUCGAGUCUGCCUUCAAGGGCGCCGUAAGUCUGCACCCAAGGCAUCCCUCUGUUACUUGCCGUCCCUAUGUUACUUUUGGUAGCCAUCCAUUCGAUUGAUCCACCACUUUGCUGUCUGUAACUUAAUUAUUUUCUUCUUCUCGAGGACUGUAACUUAAUUAUUUUCUUCUUCUCGAGGACUGUAAGCCUGAUGCACCUUCAGUUUUAUUCUUACAACGGAUAUUUCUGCCAGCGCAAUUAAUGCAGACAACAGAGUUUGGAAAUGUUUCAUCCUGAUUAAGCUCCUGAUCAAUCUUGCCUGUGCAUGUCUCGUCUCGA